AUGGAUGCACAUACUUGUUCCUUCAAGUUUUUCAACCCUAUGAGCCUUUUCAACAAAGCCUUUUCUCUUGUUUCAAAGCUGCUGUCUCAGCGUAAACUUGAUCUGCUGGAAGAACUUGUAUCAGAGGAGGCACUUAAGGUGUUGAAGGAAAAGAUUUCAUUGCUUCCUGACAACCACAGGGAUGCUUUAGCAGCUGACAUAGAUGCAAUCAUGUACACAACAGAAGGAGAUGUUCGCAUUUACUAUGAUGAUGAUGGAAGAAAAUUUGUUAGUAUACUGAUGCGUUUUUGGUAUCUGAAUGGUGCUAACUUACCUGAUGAGGUGCCAGGUGAAACUAAAGUUUUCCAGAUUAUGUUUGGAGAUGAAAGUACAAAAGAAAAAAAGCAUCUUUUAACAGCAAACUAUGAGUUUCAGAGAGAAUUUACAGAAGGAGCAAAACCAGACUGGACUAUUACACGGAUUGAACAUCCAAGGCUAUUAGAAUAAAUGUCUUCUGCAAUGUCUUUAUGUACCAUUAUAAAUGUUCUGAUGUAACACAUCAGGCAUUUUUUUGGUCUCUUUCCCCUAUCUUACCCCAAAGAGGGAUGGAUUUUGUAUGUUUGUUUCCCAAACUUGUUUCUGAAAUUUACACUAUGCUGAAGUGUUGCAAUAAAGCCUUUUCCCUGGAACAGGCUAAUACAAAUUUAAUGGGUACUAGCGCUCAUCCAAGGCAUUUGCACGGCACAGUUCUGCACAGGCCAAUAUUAUGAGUAUGCCAACCUCUUACAAUCUGAGAAGAAAUGAUGCUGUUUGGAGAUAAACAGCAUUUUCAUGGCUGGUGGCCCUCCUGAGUUAUUUUCGUAUUUCUUUUUUCCUUAGGGACUGUACAAUAUUUAACUGAAUAAUAUUUGAGAUGAAAUAGAGGUAGAUGGACUUCUUAGAUUGUCUGGUGUCAACUGUACAUUUUGAGGUAAUCUUGCUUUUGAAUGUAUUUGAGAUCAAGAAACUUAGAGCUAUUAUCAGUGUUCGUUCUUAUUCCAAUCUCUCUUGCACCAAACUUCUAGCAUUGCACUGAGAAAACGGAUCCAUGAUUUUUUUUGGACACUUUUGAUAAGUAAUAUGAGCAGCACUCCUUUCAAUUCAGUAACAUGCCAGCAGUUCCAAAUUUAGAGGCUUAAGGAGAAGAAUUAAUCUAAAAUCUGAAUUAAAAGGGGGGCCUGACCGUGUUACGGUAAAGCUAAACGAAGUUGUCUCUGUUUGUUGGAGAAGUAAGCAAAUCAUUAAAAUUGGAUGUUGCUGUCUCUGGAACAGCUAGGUCCACGGUCUAAGUAGCUUGAGAUAAUUAUGUGCAGUUCAACAGGAGUUCAUGGUAACGGUUGUGUGUCCCCAUCUCUGUUUAGCAUAAAGCUAAACUUCUUGCCCAGCAUGUUGAAAGGAUUUGUACAGUGUUUUGAAAAUGUAAAAUAAGUAUAAUUAAUGUGAUUUACAGGAGCUGCAAUUGGAGAGUAUAAAUUAAAUGUUGUAUAGUUCAGCUCCUUUGAUGAUGAAGUAGUUUAAUGACAGGACUGCUUAAACCUUUUCAACAAAUUUUUUUCUGCCAGGUGUUGGUGAAACAGUGAAGGUGUUUUGCUCGUGAGGUUAUGCUUGCUCUUAAGGUUAGCAGCAGCAUGACUUUAUAAUGGAGAAUUUGUGAUUUAGCCUCUGGCCAAAGUUCAUUGAUGACAGAGCCUUGUCCUGAGUGGAGAGAACAGAAAAUUCUGUUUUUAAAAUUGCAUAUUGUCACUUUGGAAAAGUUUGAGGCAAACUAAAAAAUAUUUGUUGUUCUGUGGGCUGUUUGCUAGUGCGUUUCUAAAUGGUGGCAUGUCCAGUUUGCCACUGAAUGGGGUGCUGCAAGAAGCUGCGAUCAUCAGUCUUAUUUAAUGUAGUCACAGGAGGAAUAAGCAGAAUGCUAGUGCUAUGUGCAGAUGCACUUCUAAAAUAAGUCAUUUUUAUACAGCAAAAGAAGACAAAACUAUUCUGAAUGUGUGUUGUCAACAAGAGCCAUCUUCAUAUUCAGGAGUGUCUGCUUUCACGUUAAAUCAACGGGUACCCAUCUAGAAAUGCUGGAAUAUCUUAAAAUGUUUAGUUUUUAAAAUUACUUAUGUUGGACUGGAUAUGUCAAAAAGGACUGUCAUGACAAUAUAAGGAUUACCCUCUUAGUAGUGAGUGCUCCAUUUUUCAAAAUGAAGGUGGGGCAGAGACACUACAGUAGGGCUAACAGUGAAAUGAAUUGAUAUUAUUUUCAAUAGCAGCCUGGUUUUGUUCACUAUAAAAUGGUGACUUGAGAUGAGCUUGCUCCAAGUUGAUAAUAAUGCAGUUUUGUUGAAGAAUAAGAUAUUAUUUAGAAAAUUUUAUGUACUAACUUAUGUACUUACAUACAGAAGUAUUUAUAUGUACUAUCUUAUCUCUCAAAGUUGAGUUUGCUUUGUUUUGUUUCUCCUCUAAGAUUCCUUAAAAAAAUCUAUGCUGGAGACUACAAAUCGCCAUCAGGUGCAAAACUACCCACAGCCUUAAUGUAUCGUAAAUAAAUCUGAAAGGCACCUGGAUUACUAAACGUACUGUACUGGAAAGAACGGUUUGCUUCUACAGUGAAUAAAAGUAGUGUAAUUAAAAUAAUUUACUGUCUAAUAUUAGUUUCCUAAAAUGAACUUCUGGAGGAAUGGACAAAUAUACUUCUUAGAGAGUAUUUAAAGUUUACAGCAAAUUUUGCUGGCUUCUUUUCACCUGCCAUCCAUAAAUUCUCAGUCUUAUAGAAGAUGAUCUUAGGAAUUACUCAGACUGAAGUGCAUGUCAGUAAAGAGCAUUUGGCAUCUUACAGUAUCAGAGCCUUAUUUGCAAUUAAAGAGACAGUUGUCUUCAUUUAACUUUUUUUUUAAAUGUCUUUUCCUUAAGUGAAGUUAGCAUUUUCACUCACCGUGCUACACUCAUCACUCAUCGUUUUAUGGAUGGCUCUAGAAACUGAUUUUAAGAAAAGGUGUAAACAAACACCUCUUUUUCUUAAACCAUUCUCUUUGUUCUCAAACCAUUAUGAUUCAAUGGCUAGGAUUACCUCGUGGAAACAGACUUU